AAACCCCAACUUUAAACCCUCAAACUCAAACCUUUCUCUUUCUCUUUCUCUUUCUUCAGCCGUUUUCCCCAAAAUCUGAGAAGCUCAACAAUGGAGUCAAUUGCGCCGCCAUUAAAGGUCUCAAUUCAAGCAAUCCAAAAAGCUGUUGAUGCUCUCCUCAAAUGGAAAUCCUCUGUUUCCGAUUCUGAAAAACCCCAACUCCUUCCUUCUGAUGAAUUUCUGUACUUAGUUCUAACCCUCAACAAAAUCCCACCUAAAAACCGCAUUAACGCCCACAAAAUCGCUCUUCCAAACGCCCUUUACACCCCAGAAAGCUCCGAGUUUUGCCUCUUUGUUCAUGAUAGCGUGUCCAAAACCGCUAAAUUGAAGGUUGAAGAAGGUGGGGUUCCAGUUUCCAAGGUGAUUAAGCUCUCAAAGUUGAAGAAGGAUUACAAAGCUUUUGAGCAGAAGAGGAAGCUUUGUGAUUCAUUUGACCUGUUUUUUGCUGAUAAGAGGAUUAUCCCACUUUUACCCAAUGCAAUUGGGAAGCAAUUUUACAAGAAGAAGAAGAUUCCGGUGCCAAUUGAGUUGGGUAGAGGUAAUUGGAAGGAGCAGAUUGAAAGGGUUUGUAGUUCUGCAAUGUUGUAUUUGAGUACUGGAACUUGCAGUGUGAUUAAGGUUGCAAAAGGCUCGAUGUCGAGGGAUGAGAUCGUUGCGAAUGUGGUUGCGGCGGUUAAUGGGGUUGCCGAGACAGUGCCGAAGAAAUGGGGGAAUGUGAGGGGUUUUCAUUUGAAGUUUUCGGAAUCAUUGGCAUUGCCGGUUUAUCAGAAGGUGCCGGAUUUGGGGCUUAAGAUUAGUGGUUUGAUUGCGGCAAAGGAUGCAAAUGGGGAAGAAAAGGCGGUCAUUUCGAAGAAAAGGAAGGAGAAGUUGAAGGAGAAGGUGAGUAAGAAGAAGGGGAGGAUUCAUGAGGUGAGGUAUAUGGAUAGUGUUGAGUCUGGUGGGAUGGUAGGGGGAGAUGAAUCGGGGAGCGAAGUCGAUGAUGAUGUUGAGGAGGAGGAGGUAAUGCCGGUUGAGGAUGUUGUAGUGAGUGGUGAGGAAGUUGCUGGAAAGAAGAGGAAGAAGAGAGAUAAAAAGGAGGUGAAGAAAGUUGCAAAGUUGAAGAAAGGAGUCAAGGGUUUGAAGGAGAAGAAGGAUAAGCUUUCGUCGAAAUCAUCAGAGAAGAAAUCGAAGAAAAUCAAGGUUUAGGUAUAAUAAUUUACUAUAUUCUGCAAAUUGAUCAUUCUGUUCUUGUUUAUCAAAUACUGAUGAUAUCAAAGAGUUUUUAGCCUCAAUUUUGAUGUUCUGAGUGGGUUAGAUAGGUUUUCUCUAUAUUUGCUGUCAUGGUUUAUGAGAUUGGCAUAUGUUUUGGUUAAUUUACAAUGUUGUAACAGCUAAAAGAACAACUAUAUGAGGAAUUCAAAUUUUGUCAAUCUAAUCUUCAAGAUUCAA